AUGUUCCAUAUCGAUAAAGGCGGCGAUGAGGUGGCCACCGGCGGCUCCUUCGACUAUGCAAACUACGGACCGUCCGAGAUCAGCUCUACAGGACACAGUCGUCAUUCACACUCGUCUUUAAGCUCAAAAACCACGGGCCUGCAAACUCUGGAAUCAAAACACUCUUCGCUCCAAUCUUUCCAUCUGGAGCCGCUCCCAGACCCGCCGCCAAAACAGGAUCGGGCCACUCCGAGAGUCGCCGUCGUCCAGAAAAAGGAUAGACGAGCUACGAAGCGAUUGGAAGCGGAAAGACUGGAGCUUGAAAAACGGCUGCUCAAACUGGAAGAGGCAGAACGUACUGGGGACACAUCGGUACUGAGAAGAGAGUCCCGGAAACUGUCAAAGAAACAGCCUCUUGGGAGUUCAAGUAGGUCAUCAAGUGUGAGCGGUGAUGAGUCGCGAUCUCGACCCCCUUCGCGUCUUUCGUCUAUCUUCUCAAGUUCAAGGCGAAGGUCAAGGUCUCGAUGUAGCUCCAACGAUGGGGCCGAGGAUCAGUUCAGUAGCAAUGGCGAGCCAAGUACGCUUCCAGCUUUAUCCUCAACCUUGCCAGAACGUCUAAGCACAGCAAUAUCCGAAGAGCUAGCUGCGAGGAAGAACGCCACGCUUGGGCCACCCAGAGAGUCACCGCAGUCGCUAGUAACAGCAACCAUCGCUCCCAAGAACCCCGAGCAAAACGGAGAAGAGGGCGCCGCCGAAAGUAUAUCAUCGUCUGCGCCCGCAGAUUUAGAUCGGGAAUUGUUUACGGCGAGCCUAGCAUCCAAGAGAAGAAGUGCAAUGCCAUCAUCGCCUGGACACGUUUCACGCGCCCAUCAGGACUCGAUUCCGGUUGUUUGCGACGAUAGAUCACGCUCAACCACGCUCAGGGUUAGAAGCCCACUAGCCAGAGCGUCCACGGAGGGGGUCGUGCAGAGGCAUCAGAAGAAAUUCAAAUCCUCUCCUCUAGCGGAAUCGCACUCCGCCACUACAAGUAGCCCCAGAGCAGUGACCCUAACGAGCCCUCAGGUCCCUGAUACGGUACGGCCGCAAACGCUGCCUGUCGCUGAACAAGCGACUCGCUCAGAAAUUAGUGCGAUAGGUUCACCUAACGCGCUGCCGAGCUCGAAUGCCUCCAGCCAUAAUGUUAUCGGUGAACUAUCCGUGAUGGAGACAAGAAAUGCUCGCCGCGUUAUACAGGGUGGCGCGAAGCCUACUAGUCAGUUAGCUCCAUCAGCACUACUAAUGAAGCCGCGCUUCUAUAACUCACUAAACAAAGUGAUAGGCCCUAGCGGUGGCAAGCCCAAAGCGAUUGGAACUUUAUCGCCCCCGCGUCGGGAACGAGACUCCUCCCCAACCGUGCCCCCCAAGAGCCCCAAGCGAAACAGCAGAGCGUUGUCACGAUCGCCGGAUUUGAAGCUUGACGGCAGGCCGCCUCCAAGUCAGAGCAAGGAUGAAAACUCCGAAUCAGACUACAAUACCGCAGACGAAAUUGCAUCCAUCAGAUCGAGAGUUUCAGACGGCGAGGUCGUCACUGCCAAGUCGAAAGGAGAAUCAAAAAAAGCGCCGAAAAAGAGGAACCUAGGGCAACUUGUUCCUAAACUUUUUGUAAUUUGCUGUCAGUGCAAGUUUUGGCAUGAUAUGCCAUCCGAGGUGUAUGCGGGAUUGGCCGUCUCUGAUCCUUUGUCGGCUGCCUUGGAUCAAGAACUCGCUACUUGGGACCAAAACUCUUUGGCCAACAGGCUGCUGCCGUCCAUGAACGCGCCAAAGUUUCAGCAUGCGGAUAUACAGUCUGGUCCUGUGAAGUGCUGUUGGUGUGAGCAUCCCAUGAGUAAGGGCUGCUGCCAGGGAUGGAGCACCCUGGUUCAGAUGCGCAAGAGACAUCACUGA